AUGACAACAGGCUACACCUGUGCCCAGUGCCUUCAGGUACUCCGUCAAGGCGUGCGGGUAUCAACCCAUACACCCGCUCGCCUGCAAAGUCUAUCCCACGCCCGCCGAAGAUGCGCAAUCAGCCCAUCCUGGACUCGCAGCUUUGGCUCCGAGCGCAGCAACAACAACCGCCCACUCGGAGCAAACGCUUUCGAGCAGACUAAGAAUGUAUCCGCAAAGUCCCAAUCUCCCACGCUGUCCCAGAAAGCCUCCGCCUCAACCUCCACCGGCCCCUCAGUCGACACGCGAGCCCUGCUAAAAUCCGACAACCUAUUCCACUCCUUCUCGAACUCGCCCUCGCCAGCAAUCCGCCAGCGAGCAGCCUUCAUUAAACAAAACGCCUUCUGCCCACACCCAGAUCACGCACAGACCCGAGCCCCCGUCUCGCCGCACGAUCCCGAAUCGCGAAAGGCCCAAACGGCCGGAGAAUCCACCAGUCUGCCCCCAGCACACUCGCACUUCGAGUGUCCCGACUGCGGCGUGCCGGUCUACUGCUCCGAGGGCCACUGGAUGGACGAUUUCGAAGCACACCUCGAAAUUUGUGACACGCUCCGCCAGAUCAAUGAAGAUGACCACGAUCUCCAGUCUGGCCGCUUCUUCCCGGAAUUCAAUUACCCCGGCGUGCAGGAUGAUAACUACGUCGUUAACAUGACGAACUGGGAUACGCUCAUGUAUACGCGCGAAUUUGACGCCGUGAACGACGAUCGCUCCAUGCGCCAGGUCACCCGCAUGCUCACCUACCCGCAGACCAUUGCCAGUGUCUUGCACGAGCUCAGUCCGUACAGCAUCCGCGGCAAGGACCGCCUGACGCCUGAGGGCUUGAAGAGUGUUUCCGGUAUACCCUCCGCUACUCCCUCCACCCACCCCGAACAGGCGAAGACAUCGACCUCAAAGGCCUCCGCCUCAAAGCCCCCCCCAAUCCGAAUCUUCAUCCUCGGCGCCCGCGCCGAGUCCUCCCUCCCCCGCGACGUCUGGCUCCAACUCCAAUACAUGUUCCCGCGCUCCCUAAUCCACCUCGUCUUCAUCGGACCAGAGAGCAUGUCAAACCGAGACGCGGAGUUCCCGCUCCCCGAACGCACACCCGCCAACCCCUUCGGCGGAAUCGUCGAGGACCGUCUCGGCGGCCAGAUGAAGAUCACCACGUACGUCGAUUACUUCCACACCAUGUAUCAGGCGCAGUAUUUCCAGCCCUUCGACCCGUACCUGGAUGUAUUUAUGCUCUUCCACCCUGGCCUGGGCCACCCGGCCUCGUCGCAUGAGUGGGAAGAGACGCUGCCGCAGUUGCUGGAGACGAAGGUGCCCAUCCUUUGUACCGGGUAUACGCAGUGGGACAUGGAGCGGGAUAUCAAGUGGGUGGGUGAGAAGUGUAAGGGUGAGUUUGACAUGUUGCUUGAGCCUGGCGAGAACAUUUUCCGCAGUUUGAGGUGGGAUCUGAAUGAUAUGGAUCCUCACGAUAUUUCGUGCGGGAAUUGGGGGUUGUGGGGGUUCCGGGGGAAGAGAUAUGAGGCUGCGAUGAGUGAGAAGGAGUAG